CCAUGUACUCCGGAGUUGCGUGCCAGGUGAAAAGGAAAUUAUUAUCAUGAUGGAGACCGCGUCGCGAAAUGAAAUCGUUAAGAGGCGAGUAAAUCAGGCGAAUGAGCUCGUUGGAGCCUCAUAAGCAUGGUUUCAUUAGCGAGGCGUCAAAACGCCGCGAACUGGGUUAAAGAACUCAACUCUGACAGCUGCAGCGGGUGGCCAAAAUCGGAAUCAAAACACCAUUUCAUAUUCAAAUCAACUGCAGCUGGCAGUCUUUGAUUUCGGUGAAAUAGGAGGAGGAGUAGGAGGAGCGGCCGGCCAUAAACUGCGCGAUUGCAUGCAGCAGCACUUAGAGCUCAGCCCAAAAAUAAAAUCACCGCCAUUGUUGUAAUCCCCCAGUGACACCUCAAGUCAGUCGCCGUGGGAAAAUGUUGGAGAGGCAGAAGCGCAGUGGAGUUGGUGGAAAAAGGUGGGAAAGUCGGAAAGUUGGCGUGCGAAAACUGGCUAACUUCUUGGUGGCGCACACUGCCGCCAUUCAGUUGGGAUUUACGAUCUGAGCGGUCAAGUUGUGGUGCGGCGAGCUGCGCUUGAAUGGCGCCAAUUGCGGUUCGGCGUGGUCGGAGGGAUUGGGCUUGUGGCCAGCCGCUGGAGAAGGGUGUGCCCACCACGAGUGCUCCAAGUGUUCCCAAAGUGCAGACUCAUUUAAUGUUUAAUUAAAGUGCAGCCCCCGAUAAAAGGAAACUAACUAUGGCGAUUGCCUACGACUGGAAAAGCAGCGAUGGCUUUGAUGCCGACUUCGGCUGGAACCGCUCCUUCUCCGAGCCGGAUCUCACAGCCAACCAGAAGCAGGGCGACCUCAGCCGGUUCGCCAUCAAGCAUCCGCACGAGUACAUAGCCGUCGAUGACCUCAAGUACUUCCGCCGCCGCCAGCCCGUCCAUCUGCACACCCGGAGCAACGUGUGCCUCCACAGCGGCGAUGAGCCAGUGCCCAGCUUCGGCUCUUUGAAGUCCGAGUACCGCAAGCAGUUCCGUGGCACCCAAUCCCGUCCAAGAUCCUUGCUGCGGCGCGCGACCUCGCUGCGUCUGGAGGGAUUCAUGCAGCUGCUGUCGGAGCACCAGGAGAAAUACCACUGGUACACGCCCGAGGACCUGCGAUUCUCCCGCACUUUCCCCGUUCGCAAUCCGGAGAACCUGCAGUUGGGAGAGGGAGGCGGGGCCACUGAUGGAAUGAAGAACUCCUCGUACCUCAUGCUGGACCCCAGCACCAAGAUACUGCCGCGGGAGGUGUUCCUCGACGAGUCCGAGGUGGCGGCCAGGAGCCAGCCGAAUGGCAAGCUGGCGGCGGACAAGUUCCGACGGGAUGUGGCCGCCCAGGAGCAGCUGCGGUGUCACCUGCAGAUGAGGGCCCAGGCCGUGGACAGGGAACAGCAGGGCCAGGUGCCCGAGCCCUCCGAGUACCGCCGCCAGUUCGUCCAGCAGUUCCCCGAGAAGGCGCACUCCAUUCCCCAGAUGAGCAGCAUCAAGAUCCAGGGCGAGUUCGUGGCCGUGCCGGAGUACAGGGACAGCUUCCGGAUGUAUGCCAACUACUCGAAGAGCGCCCCCAUCAAGAAGGACGACAACCUGCGCGUCUCCGGCUCCGAGGCGGCCUGCGAGCCCAGUGCCGAGGUGCCGGAGUACCGCGACAAAUUCAUCGACCCACCCAAGCACGUGGCCAAAGAGAAGUCCCUCAAGACGGACGAUCACCUGCGUCCGCGCGGGGAGUUCACCAAAGAGAUUCCCGAAUACCACGAGAGCUUCCGAGACCCGCAGAUCACUGAGAUGCCGGAACGGGGAAAGCCCCGGGAGCCCUUUCUCCGGCUGCGCGGCAAGAUUGAGUUCAAUCCGGAGUACAGGAACAACUACCAGGACUUUCCGCGCUCGCGUCCCGUCGUCCAGAAGCCCACCUCCUGCUUCCGGCUGCCCACCUCAGGCGUCACUCACCAGCCGGAUGAGGAGCUGGAAGCGCCCGUCCUGGUGACAGUUCCUUCAUCGGAGGUAACGGCCACGCCGGAAUACCGCCGGGCGCAGUACAACUAUCAGCUGAGGGAGCGCCCCAGGGAGAUGGAAGGGGCUGCCGGAGGACCGGGGAAUCUCCGCAAGAGCUCCGAUUCCUCCCUGGAGGCGAGGCAACCGCAGGUUCAGAUGCCCCACAAGCGCAGGACUUCGCGUCAGCGGCAAGCAAAGGAGACGGAGCAGCCGAUGGCGACCAGGUUCGAGGACGUUGGCGGCAAUGGGGCCAAGAAGCCCGCCAGAUACGGCCGACGAGCCUCCGUCCUCCAGAACGCCGCCAGUUGCCGCGAGAACUCCUCGAUCAUCGAGGGGAAUCCCAAGUACGCCGUGGGAUGUCGCCGGGCCAAGCAGCCGGCCGGAAGUCAGACGCAGCCCGGAGCCUUCGUGGUGCUCGAGGAGCCCUGCAAGCCUUCCAACUGGAUGAAGAAGACCUGGUACGACUCCUAGGUCCCGCAUCUACGCCUAAACUAGAGUAUUCUGUUUUAAAUCUGUCUAUUGUAAAGGAAUAAAUACAAAAUCAAAAAAAAAAAAAAA